AUGCGUAAGCGUGAUGCUCAGGUCUCGCCUCCCCUCCCAUGGGGAGACGGCGACGGCGACAGCGACGGUGACAACACUCGAGCACCCACCUUCAUGAGUGGGUUCUGCCUAUCGAAUCGUGCACUGAGACACUGUGGGCACACUCAUGCCUGCGCUUCUGCCACCGAGCGUGCAAAAUGGUUGGGCGCGGUCCUCCCCCCUCGAACCAGCCCGAGCGAGGUGGCAUUCGACAUCCGGGACCGGUUUGCUAUCCUCGGACAAGUCAACGAGGAAGUCGUAAAUGCCUCGCUUGUGUCAUUACUCAUGGCCAUCACAAUGAAGCACCCUAAUGUGCACGCCACAUGGACACCGCAGCGUGCCAGCCUCACUGCACGGUUCCGGAUGUCCAACUCGAAUAUACUCUUCCCAACCCUGCUUCUCUGA